GCGAACUUAACCACUCGGCCACGGGGCCAGCCCCUAUUUUGGUUCUUAAUAGAUGCCAGCAAGUAUUUAUUUGAUCCUGUUUUUUUUUCUCCUUUAAACCUCUAAUGGAACAAAUGCUUCUGGAGGGCCCGCUCUCUCCAGGGCGCCGUGUUGGGACUGGUGAGAGCGUGGUGAUACAGACAUGAGUCCCGGUCUUACUAGGGAGUCAGGUGGGGGAGGUUCCCCUUAUUUACACAGGCUGGAGGAGGGGUCUGAAGACUGGGUGUGAUUUUUGAUAAUGUAGAACAAUUAAUAAUUGUUCGCAAUUUAAAUCUUGUACAUGUUUUGUCCCAUCUGGUUGAAGCUUUUUAAAGUUACUGUUAAAUUUAUGCAUGACCUGCUUUCGUAUUUAUCCAUGAUUUAGCUCAGGUUUGAUGGAAAAUGUGUUCUUUUCCCUUCUCUGUUGUUGUCCGAUCUUAAUGUCAUAGGAAGAUGAUAAUACAGUUUGGUGAUGAUGUGUUUAGAACAUCUUUCCUCACCUGAGUAGAUGAUAUCCUCCAUGCGUCCGUGAGGAGAGUCUUUAAUACGUGGCUUAAACUGCAAACAUCAGUUUCAAAUGACUUCGUCAGUGUUUAACUUCACAUUAUAUUAGAAAAGAACAGAAUCUCCCUCUCCCAGCGCAGUCCUUUGACGUGAGCAAACUGGGGCAGGAUCCCUGGCCUGUCUCUUUCCCGCCCCCUCGAGCAGCGUGGGUCCCUGCCCUGUGCUCACUGACGCACAGCAGACCUGUCGCUCUCUUCCGCCAGGUCCCAGGCGCUGCAGACGGCUCUGAACACUUGAUGCUGGUUCCGCUUGGAAUGUGGCGUGUGAACCGCUCUACCCAGAGAGUCGAUCCCAAGACCAUAGGGCUGUUAUUUCGGGGCAGUGUCUGAAUUAGGUGCUGCUUCUCUGACCAGGCUAAAUGGGCAGCAUUAACCACGGGACGGACAGGAGCUGUGUCACGGUGGCUGUGCGAGUUUGGCUCUCUCAAUAACUGGGGAGUUGAAAUGGACCAUUCAGUAUGUGAGAAAAGGGCAUAUUUUUCUUAUAUAUUCUCUCUUCAUUUCCUUGUAUUUACCAGCUUGAAUGUUUGUUGUUGAGAGGUAGGCCUCGGUGCAAAUUUUAAUUAGAACUGUAGUACAUUAAUCGUGUGGUAGCAAGCCCAGUGUAACAUGCAUGCAUUUACAGAAAGGAAACCUUAUACGUUAUAAAAUGAGUAAUUGAGGCCUUGCAGUAUGGUACUGUGCUUUUAUAUCACUGUAUCUUUUUUUUUUUUGUAUCGCUUUUUUAUUUUUGAUACUUUCCGUGGGUCAUUUAUUACUUUAUCCUCCCUGGUUAUUGAAAAUCAUCUUUUCUUCAUUUUUCUUCACCAGGAAUCUCUUUGCUUGGCUUUUUGGAAUAAGCGGCUGCCUGAAUGUAGAUUUUAUUUUUAUUACGAAGGUCAGUUUCUUAGAGAAAGUCUUCAGUGUCGUUAAAAACCGCUUCACGCUGAAGGAGAAAACCCUGGUCAGGAAGAGUCCCUGCACUACUUGAUUUCCCCCUUCAACGGCUGCCUCAGUGCCUCUGUAUCGAAAACUGUUGGCGUAGUGCCUGCUGGCUGCAGGACGGAGCUGAGAGCCCUGCUGUCCUUCAGGUGGCCGUGGUCGGGUGAUUAACUGAAGCCAGGGUUUUGGAUUUGAGGCUCCGAGCAUCGUCAGGUUUGCAGGCGGCAGUCUUCCGUUCUGGUGGUGUUUGAAAGGCCACCCUUACCGUGCAGCACUCAUUUUAACUGGGGAAGUUGGGAAAGAGAAACGCUGUCCUUUGUCGUCUAGGUUAGAAAGUCACGAGUGUGUUCUAGUCACAGUUCUGCACUGCUUAGCCCAGAGGCUGGGAUGUAAGGCACACGAGUGUUGUUCAGUGACCGAAUAGGACCGCUGUGUGGGUAGACGAAGUCAGUUGGUUUUUCUUUCUGAAAUCUUUAAAAAGGAACAGCAGCAGAUAUCUUGCGUUAAAUCUGAGAAGAAACAGCCACUUGGAAUCCUUUGUGCUCCCACUUCUUUGGGCAAGUGACCAGGAAGAAAAUGGAUUAUCGCAUGGGGCAGGCUGAGCUGCCUUGCCUGGGAAUAGUCUGGAAGGAUAUUCAAAAAGGCAGAAAGAGAAAGAAACAGAAUCUCAUUAGUUUCUAGUCGUUUUACCUGGUAUCUGAUAGAGGUGAUUCAGACGUUGGACUCCUACGCUGACGUCCCUGCCUUAAUUUCCUUCUUGACAGCCUUGCCUGCAUAGUGAGGUCUUUUUUCCCAUCCUGGAUCUUAUUCUUCCAUCAGCCCAAAGGGGUGACAGGGUCAGGUGGCCACGUUUCACAGGUGGACAGAGGGAGGCAGAGAGAUGGUGGGCAUGCCUGAGGGCCUUAUCUCGUUUGUCAGCUGCUCUGACUGAGAGUCUUGCCUUUCAGGAACGGUGGGAAGGACACAUUCUCUGUCUCUUCCAUCCAUGGCACAUUUUGGACCACAUUACCCUAGCUCUCAGAAAAUCGCUUUUACCAAGCUACCCAUUGAUGUUCAACUUUUAUUCACAUUUGUCGUAGGAAAUAAUUGUGAAUCCUGUUGUGCGUUUGUGUGAGGUUGUUGCAGACAUUGUUCCCUCCAUCAGCUGAUGGCCCUCCCAUGAUGCUUCAGUGUGGACGUUUUUUUUAGAAUUCAAUGAUAGGAACAACGUUGUGUGUCCUGGGUAACUAGACAGUCCCCUCAUUUCUGGUCAGAAGAUUUACGCAAGCCAUCCCCAGGCUCCUGCCCUCGCUGCGGGCUUACUGAAGGCCGGGCUUUCUGUGCCCAGUGUUAACGUUGUCCCUCUCUCCUUUUCCUUAACUGUUUUUCCUUUUAAAACUCUGUUUUACAAGAUGAUAAAUAAUCUUAUUUUGUAUGCACUUAAAAGUGCUUUGAAUUCUUUGUGGAGAGAGCCAUGUUUUUAACAGACUCAUUAAAACAGCAGGACGUAUUCAUCACUCAGUAAGUACUUGGUUUGAGUCGGUGCCUGCAGGUACUCAGCCUUCUUCCCCUACGAACUCCAGUCGAUUCUCCAUUCUCGUUUAGCCUGGGCCACGCCGAGUUUCUCCAAAUGUGGGUGUAAAAUGCUAUUUUAUUUAAGAUCGUAAGAUUGUGGUAUAAGAACUUGAAGGAGAUAGAACUGAUCCGUUUCUUCGAAAAGCUAAGCUUUUGGUAAAUGGCUGUGAACGCCUGCUGAGAACCUGGGUGACGUGAGUCAUCGCCUGAACCCCGGCUGCAUGCUCAUCAUCUCCAGCUGUGAUCAGAGCCCUGGAUCGAAAUGUGGUGUAAGAGGGGAGCUGGGUCGUUAGCCUUGUUCCUGCUAUCCAGGGUCUACUCCUUCGUUUGAGCUAAUGCUGUUUUCUGGGAAGAAGGUUACUCCACUGAUCGCAGAGAAUCUCAGUGAAGUAUUUCAGCCCUGCGGUUCAUUUUCUCGUGUUCCCUUUAUACACCUACUCAACAGUGUUAGCAGUUGACUGAAUUUUCCCCGACACUUUUCAUUACCGUUAGUGUUAUUGUCGUGACACCUGUGGGAAGCAGGCACCGGGGUCCUACAGGAACACAGAGGCCUUCCUUGAUGAACCCCAUUUCAUGUCGGCCCCUUCUCAGCUUUGAAUUCUUCCAUUUCAUAUACAGAUCGUUAUAGCGCGUGGAAAUCUACAGAGAUGUGCGUCUGUAAGUGCCAACAUGCAGUGGCAAGACUCUGGUUCUCAGUCAGCUUCUCUGAACUUCAUUUUGCUAACUUGUAACUUGGAGCUUCAUUUUGCUAACCCACAUUUGGUUGUUGUUAAAAUAAAAGGAAGUAAUAAAAAAAAAACCCUUGAAGCAUUAUGCCUGUUACAUUCAAUAAUAAUGGAAACAGAAUAAUAAGCGUUUCCUAGCCGUCGGUGAUGGUCCACUUAUUGGCCCGUCUGUAUAACCAAAUUCUUGUGUGAACCAGCUCCUUGAUGUAGAAUGUGACAAGGUUUGCCUUGUGUUUUAUGAAUCUUAUAAUUUCCCAGUAUUGUCACACAACUGAUAAUUUGCUUCCAAUAAUGGCACAUGCACUUGGUUCACCUCAGUUCCUGUACAUGGGGUUUCCUCUGUCAUCUCUCUGCUUUCCCUACGCCAUAGCUCUUACUUGAAUUUAACUUUGGAUCUGUGUGCUGGUUGUGAUUUUCUGGUGAGUUACGUACAGAAGUGAUAGUGCUCUAUUCCUAAACCAUGCUCUUUAUUCAAUGGAAGUGCCAGUACCGUCCGGUCGUCCUUCAGAACUAACUUCAGAACGCAUUGGUCUCCGUAUCAUUGUGAGGUAAACUCCUGCCCUUUGUCCUCUGCCCCUGCGGGCCUCUCCUCACCACACCCAGGGUCACCCUCCUCUCCAGCCAGUCCGAGCCUCUCUCCUCUUGGCUUCUUGUGUCUCCCUCCUCUGCCCGUGGCAUCUCCUCCUUUGACCGCCCACCUGGUUUCACUCUUGCACACCCUGGGGAUGGUAGGUGGUGGAGUCUCGACUCCUCCUGACCAGAUAUUCUGGAAAACCUUCCUGCCAUAAACCCUUCAGUGGAAAUACUGGAGACGACGAAACAAGCGCCCUUUUAUAAUCUUUACCACAAGAAAGUGAGGAACCCACAGGUGGGGGAAAAGAGAAAGAGGAGUGAGCAUUCCUGAGAGAGAGAGAGGAUCUAAAACCAGAGUGGGAAGUGACACUGACGGGACCUCUGCUGGUCCCAGGACCUGGAUUUCAGGGACCCCGUGUGUUGUCUGAACGUCUUUGAAGGGCAGGGCUGGGCGCGGGGAGAGAACUUCCGUCAGCAGAGGGAGGAGUCUGCUGCUUAGCUUUACAGAAAAGUCUCUUGUGAAACUGUGGGGUUUGGGAUUUGAAUGUAUGCUACCUGUGUGGUCUGAAAACCCCGAGCUGAGCAACUCAUCCCAGGGCUGCUGGGUGGGAAGCACCCCAGGGCUCGGCAGAAGUAAACGCAGACCCCCUCUGGAAGAAUGCCCCCCUCGACCCACGGAUGAAGAGCGCCUUAACAGGAGCCAACAACAAGAACAUCACCAGACGCCUAAGGAAGUGAGCCACCACAAGCGAGUCACCCUACAGUGGAUUGUGAGGCGGUUUGUUCCAUCCAUUCCUUAAGUUUUAUGGAUCACUCAUUAGAUAUGAGACUUAUAAGACUCCAGGGCCUUCAAGCUGCGAUUAAUCAGAUGGUUCCUGACAUGACUGAGAAAACAGACGCAUUGCGUGCCCCUGAAGAGUGUGUGUCUCUGCGUGUUUAAUCCUUCUUCCUGUACACACGCGUUUGACACGGGAAGACAGGCUCGUUCUUGUGCACACUUGAAGAGUUUCACAACUGAUGAAAAUUAAUUUCAGAAUCCGAUGGAGCAACUUGACACCACUGGGCUCCGGCGCCCAGGGAGAGAAAUACAGCACUGAUGGCCAGUUUUCCAUGUGGUCUUCACGGGUAAAGAAAGUUUGCAAAAAGAAGAAAAAAAAAAUCUUGCAUAGAUCAAGCCUCAAAAAUACCUCUCCAGUUGAAAGCAAGAGCUAAGUGAGAAGGUGACCGAGGAGAAGUGUGACUUCUGGCACUGCAGGUGGGACCAUGAAGUGUUUUUUGCACUUUUUUUUCCAGUGGAUUUGGUGAAUUGGACAGACUUUAAAAUUCUGGACUGAAGGUGACUCUGACUGUGGCUUAUGACUGCAGGAAAGUGAGUUUGGCUGUGAUGGCACAGGUUUCAACAUGAACCGAUUCCUUUGCUGUUUUCUGUUAACUGUAUUCGAGAAAUUUUGGUUUCUCAUUUCCCUUUUCCUUUCCUGUAUCUGUAGGAUAACAUCCUAAGGUGGCAAUCGAAACUGCCAAUUACAAAGUAAAUAUCGGGGAACGCCCAAGCAAAGCUGCUUUUCCUUGGGCUUUCCGUGUGUGUUGGGAGACGGUCUCUGAAGCAGAGCGGGAGCGUGCCCAUCAGCCAAACAUGAUAACCCUUUAGGGAAACAGUGGGGAGGAACCCAGCUCUCACGUGUGUUUUCGACUUGCUCCUGUGUUUUCGUUUCAAGGGAUUCUCGUCCUUGUUGCGUCCAAGAAGACCUGCAUAUGAGAAGAGGAUUACUUAGUGGACUUGAUUCUGAGAUUAGUUUUUUUCCUUCAAGAUGGAAGAAUAUGUGAUCUCUAGGAGCAGAAAAGGGCGAAGUGACUAGGGGAGGGAGGAAGGAGACAGGGACAAAGGAGACGUCUUGUCAGCAGGAGGAUUUGGGGUUCAGCCGAGGCAACCAACGCUUGGACCGCUUUGAGAGCAUUCGAGCAUCCUGGCUCCGCCCAGUGAAGGCGCUUGCUUUCUUUGCCUCUAUGGCACCGAGGGGUGCGUGGGCCUGCGGAGUGGCAGUCAGAUGGAGCCCAGCUCUCCACGGCCACACAGCAGCCUGCCGGGAAGCCGGGCCUGGCUCUGAGUGGGGAAGUUUCUGGUUCUGAACAGCGAAGAAAGAGUCUUGUUCUCUUCCUAAGCUUGGACCACUGUCUGCCUGAGCUCUGGUCUCUUUUGCACGGUUUGUGUGCCUUUUUUUCCCUUUAUGCAAUCUUUUUCAGCUUUAGCAGCAGAAAUUUGUCUAGUUGAGAAAACGUGCCAGAGGGUGGCUUCAGAAGGAAAGUGAUCCCGUGUGUUCUGUCUCAGCGUCUGGACUUUUGAAGAGAAAAUUCCAGCUGGAGGGAUUCUUAAAGCCUUAAGUUACUUGAAAUCUAUGUAUUUGCAACCCUGUGUCUCUGGAAUCCUAUGACACUAAACUGGAAUCUCAGGCUGAAUGAGAAUAACCAAGUUGAGUAAAAAGAAGAAAACUCGGUUUCUUGAUACCACGUGUUAACGAUGCUCUUUCUCCAAAGGGUCAGCCCGUUCUUCCUCUAAGGACUUGAAAAUAAAAAUGGACCCCGCAUUUUUUUUAAGCAUCACCUUUUCUUAGCAGACUGCCGUCAUCUUUUAUAGAGGAAUUUUUUCACUAUGCAUUUGGUGGAUCUUUAUAAAAUACCCUCUGAUUAGACCCAGGUCUGUCUUCAUUAAAGGGUCGGGGGAGACAACGCAAGCCAACCAGAGAGAGCAAAUCCGUCCCUCGACGCGAGGAGUUGGUUUCAAUCUCCCGGCAUUCCGCGUUACUCUUUAAGUCGAACAGUUCAUCCAGAAAAAGUAUGUAUGCGGCGGUGGAGCAUGGGCCUGUCCUCUGCAGUGACUCCAACAUCCUCUGCCUGUCCUGGAAGGGGCGCGUCCCCAAGAGCGAGAAGGAGAAGCCGGUGUGCAGGAGGCGCUCCUACGAGGAGGGCUGGCUGGCCACAGGCAACGGCCGGGGCGUCGUCGGGGUGACUUUCACCUCAAGCCACUGCCGCCGGGACAGGAACACGCCACAGAGGGUGAACUUCAAUCUGCGGGGCCACAACAGCGAGGUUGUGCUGGUGAGGUGGAAUGAGCCAUACCAGAAGCUGGCCACGUGUGACGCAGACGGAGGCAUAUUUGUGUGGAUUCAGUACGAAGGGAGGUGGUCUGUGGAGCUGGUCAACGACCGAGGGGCUCAGGUGAGUGACUUCACGUGGAGCCACGAUGGGACUCAAGCGCUCAUUUCGUAUCGCGAUGGGUUUGUCCUGGUCGGUUCUGUCAGUGGACAAAGACAUUGGUCCUCUGAGAUCAACUUGGAAAGUCAGAUCACGUGUGGCAUAUGGACUCCUGAUGACCAACAGGUGCUGUUCGGCACGGCCGACGGGCAGGUGAUCGUGAUGGACUGUCACGGCAGGAUGCUGGCCCACGUCCUGCUGCACGAGUCAGAUGGCAUCCUCAGCAUGUCCUGGAACUACCCUGCCUUCCUGGUGGAGGACAGCAGCGAGAGCGACACCGACUCAGACGACUACUCCCCACCCCAAGACGGUCCAGCCGCGUACCCCAUCCCGGUGCAGAACAUCAAGCCGCUGCUCACCGUCAGCUUCACCUCGGGAGACAUCAGCUUAAUGAACAGCUACGACGACUUGUCUCCUACUGUCAUCCGCUCAGGGCUGAAAGAGGUGGUGGCCCAGUGGUGCACACAGGGAGACCUCCUGGCAGUAGCUGGUAUGGAACGGCAAACGCAGCUUGGCGACCUUCCCAGCGGCCCUCUGCUGAAGAGUGCCAUGGUCAAGUUCUACAACGUUCGAGGGGAGCACAUCUUCACACUGGACACGCUUGUGCAACGCCCCAUCAUCUCCAUCUGCUGGGGACACCGGGACUCGCGGCUGCUGAUGGCGUCAGGGCCGGCCCUGUACGUGGUCCGUGUGGAGCACCGGGUGUCCAGCCUGCAGCUGCUGUGCCAGCAGGCCAUUGCCAGCGCCCUGCGAGAAGACAAGGACGUCAGCAAGCUGACGCUGCCCCCCCGCCUCUGCUCGUACCUCUCCACUGCCUUCAUCCCCACCAUCAAGCCCCCCAUUCCAGACCCCAACAACAUGCGCGACUUUGUCAGCUACCCGUCGGCCGGCAACGAGCGUCUGCACUGCACCAUGAAGCGCACAGAGGACGACCCGGAGGUGGGCGGCCCAUGCUACACGCUCUACCUGGAGUACCUGGGCGGGCUCGUGCCCAUCCUCAAGGGGCGGCGCGUCAGCAAGCUGCGGCCGGAGUUCGUCAUCAUGGACCCGCGGACAGACAGCAAAGCAGAUGAAAUCUAUGGAAACAGCUUGAUUUCUACCAUGAUCGACAGCUGCAACUGCUCAGACUCCAGUGACAUCGAACUGAGUGACGACUGGGCUGCCAAGAAAUCUCCCAAAAUCUCCCGAGCUAGCAAAUCACCCAAACUCCCAAGGAUCAACAUUGAGGCUCGGAAGUCACCCAAGCUGUCCCGGGCCGCUCAGGAGAUCUCCAGGUCUCCUCGGUUGCCGAUGCGCAAGCCCUCCAUCGGCUCGCCCAGCCUGACGCGGAGAGAGUUUCCCUUUGAAGACAUCACUCAGCACAACUAUCUUGCUCAGGUCACGUCUAACAUCUGGGGAACCAAAUUUAAGAUUGUGGGCUUGGCCGCUUUCCUGCCAACCAACCUCGGUGCAGUAAUCUAUAAAACCAGCCUCCUGCAUCUCCAGCCGCGGCAGAUGACCAUCUAUCUCCCAGAGGUUCGGAAGAUUUCCGUGGACUAUGUUAAUUUGCCCGUCUUCAACCCGAAUGUUUUCAGUGAAGAUGAGGAUGAUUUACCAGUGACGGGAGCAUCUGGUGUGCCUGAGAACAACCCACCGUGUACGGUGAACAUCCCCAUCGCGCCCAUCCACAGCUCAGCUCAAGCUAUGUCCCCCACGCAGAGCAUCGGACUGGUGCAGUCCCUGCUGGCCAAUCAGAACGUGCAGCUGGACGUCCUGACCAAUCAGACCACGGCCGUGGGGGCAGCUGAGCACGCCAGUGACAGUGCCACCCAGUACCCAAUCUCCAACCGCUACUCCAACCCUGGACAGGUGAUCUUCGGAGGCGUGGAGAUGGGCCGCAUCAUUCCGAACCCCCCUCAGCUGUCCCUGCCGCCGCCAGCACAGGGGGCCAUCCAGCUGUCGGUGGUGGACCACGGAGACCGAGACCACGAGCACCUGCAGAAGCCAGCCAAGGCCCUGCGGCCUGUGCCGCAGCUGGCCGCGGAGGGGGACGCCGUGGUGUUUAGCGCCCCGCAGGAGGUCCAGGCGGCGAAGAUGACCCCCCCCCCCCCCUCCCCAGGAACCACCCCCGCCGCCCCCACCACGGCAGCGCCCCCGCCCCCGCUGCCGCCCCCGCAGCCCCCGGUGGACGUGUGCUUGAAGAAGGGUGACUUCUCGCUGUACCCCACGGCGGCGCACUACCAGACGCCCCUGGGCUACGAGAGGAUCACCACCUUCGACAGCAGCGGCAACGUGGAGGAGGUGUGCCGGCCCCGGACGCGGAUGCUCUGCUCCCAGAACACCUACACCCUCCCCGGCCCGGGCAGCUCGGCCACCCUGAGGCUCACCGCCACCGAGAAGAAGGUCCCGCAGCCCUGCACCAGCGCGACCCUGAACCGCCUGACGGUGCCGCGCUACUCCAUCCCGCCGGGGGACCCGCCGCCGUAUCCCGACCUCGCGGGCCCGCUGGGCGCGGGCCGGGCGGCGCAGAGGCCGGAGAGCAGCCUCAUCCACGCCACGCUGCGCAGGAACAACCGCGAGGCGGCGCUGCGGGCGGCGCAGCUGGCCGAGUCCCCGCGCGCGCCGCCGCAGCUGCCGGCCAAGCCCAAGGGCGCCGCGCCCUUCCCCGCGCGCCCGCCGCCCGCGCUCUACACCUGCAGCCAGUGCAGCGGCGCGGGCGCGGCCGGGCGGCCCGAGCAGAGCACGGGGGCCGGGCCGGGGGCGCACGCGGCCAGCACGUCCCCGCUGUCCUCGCAGUCCUCCUACAGCCUACUGAGCCCGCCCGACGGCGCCCGCGAGCGCGCCGAUUAUGUCAACUCGGCUUUCACCGAGGACGAGGCGCUGGGCCAGCACUGUCCCUCCGAGAAGCCCCCGAGGCACCCCGCGCUGCCCGAGGCCGCUGCUGCCGGGAAGCGGCCACCCCCUUACCAGUGGGACCCCAUGCUCGGGGAAGACAUCUGGGUUCCCCAGGAAAGGACAGCACAGACUGCAGUGCCCAACCCUCUGAAACUGUCCCCUCUGAUGGUAGCUCAGAGCCAGCACCUGGACGUGUCCCGAGUGCCCUUCGUCUCCCCCAAGUCGCCCGCCAGCCCUACUGCCACUUUCCAGACAGGCUAUGGGAUGGGAGUGCCCUACCCAGGAAGCUAUAACACGCCCCCUUUGCCGGGAGUGCAGGCUCCCUGCUCCCCAAAAGACGCCCUGUCCCCAGCCCAGUUUGCACAACAGGAGUCCGCAGUGGUCCUGCAGCCCGCCUACCCGCCCAGCCUCUCCUACUGCGCCCUGCCCCCCAUGUACCCAGGAAGCAGCACGUGCUCGAGUUUACAGCCGCCACCUAUCGCCUUGCACCCCUGGAAUUCCUACAGCGCGUGCCCGCCCGUGCAGAACCCCCAGGGCACGCUCCCCACCAAGGCACACUUGGUGGUGGAGAAGCCCUUGGUGUCCCCACCGCCCACCGACCUCCAGAGCCACCUGGGUACAGAGGUGAUGGUAGAGACCGCCGACAACUUCCAGGAAGUCCUCUCCCUGACGGAAAGCCCGGUCCCCCAGCGGACGGAGAAAUUCGGAAAGAAGAACCGGAAGCGCCUGGACAGCCGAGCAGAGGAAGGCAACGUUCAGGCCAUCACAGAGGGCAAGAUGAAGAAGGAGGCGCGGACUCUGAGUGACUUUAACUCCCUGAUCUCCAGCCCCCGCCUGGGGAGGGAGAAGAAGAAAGUGAAGAGUCAGAAGGACCAGCUGAAGUCGAAGAAGUUGAAUAAGACGAACGAGUUCCAGGACAGCUCGGAGAGCGAGCCCGAGCUGUUCAUCAGCGGGGACGAGCUCAUGAACCAGAGCCAGGGCAGCAGGAAGGGCUGGAAGAGCAAGCGCAGCCUGCGCACGGCCAGCGAGCUGGAGGAGGCCAAGUGCCGCAAGGCCAGCGAGCGCGAGGACGGGCGGCUGGGCAGCCAGGGCUUCGUCUACGUCAUGGCCAACAAGCAGCCCCUGUGGAACGAGGCCACCCAGGUGUACCAGCUGGACUUCGGGGGGCGGGUGACCCAGGAGUCAGCCAAGAACUUCCAGAUCGAGCUGGAGGGGCGGCAGGUGAUGCAGUUUGGAAGGAUCGACGGCAAUGCGUACAUUCUGGACUUCCAGUACCCCUUCUCCGCUGUGCAGGCCUUCGCCGUCGCCCUGGCCAACGUGACUCAGCGCCUGAAGUGAAGAGGCCGGCGUGGGGAGGAGGAGCGGCGAAGGAGCCUCGUCAGAGACGCCCCAUCGGAGAUGCUCGAGGCGCCUGCCCGGGGCCAGCGGCUGGGAACCGGAAGACAGGAGCAAAACUGGAAAAGUCCGUCAGGCCCAGAACAGCCACUGACCUUUAGUCAUUGCCAUUUGUUUGGGCUUUUAUUGUCCUUAUUGUCUUUCUUUCUCCUUUCUUUUUAAACAAAAACAAAGUACGAGAGAGUAGUGUUUGGAAGCAAAGGUUGCGAGCACCUUUUAGGAAACGUAGUUGCUGUGCUGAUGUCUGCCCAGGUGUGCCUGUGUCGGCUGCGGGACGAGGGGCCCCUCGGAAGGAAGGCGGACUGCCUUCCAGCCUGCGGCCCUUUUAGACUAAGGAGUCCGCGUGAUUGUCAUUCUCCACAGCGUCUAGCUUUUAUUACUCCUCCAACACCACCACUAGCAUAAAAACAAAAACCUUUUUUAAAAGACACAACCAAAAAUCCUGAAGGUACAGGUUCUUUUGGGGGGCCAACAUGUAGUUCACACAUGGUAAGUUGCUCCCCUGAAGGUGACUUGAUUAAUGAAGGGUAUUUUGGCAAACGCACUGUGUUUGACUAAUAACGCUAGGCUUUUCACGGGGUGCUGUUAGCAGGUGUGAGUAGGACUCGCUCACGAUGCUGUAGGGGCAGGGGCGCCGGGGGAGGGAGGAGUCCGCACACGGACACACGGGCGAUCCGCGCAGCAUGACUUGAAAGUCCAAGGGCUAUGCUCCUCUUCGGAGGAUGUUUACAUUGAAGACUCCACUAGUUUUAUAGCAUGUCACAGUUCCGUAGGCUCGGCGAUGACCCUUCAGUAUGACUGACUGUGGGACAAGGUGGGAGACAGCAGUGGAGAAAUCCCGGCGUCGGUGGGGUAGUGGUUUUCUCGGCUAGGGCAUGGCGAGUCACCAGAUGCCCACGUGCUGGGAAGCAGCCUUUGUCCCCUCUCCCCCUCUGUUGUUAGUCUGGGAGAUGCAGCAGUGGACAUUCUCUCCCCUGUGGGAUAACACUGUUCUACGCUUUCUAAAAAGGCUGACGAUAUGAUUGAACUCCUCCUUUUCUCUCUUGGCUGCAUCGAAGUUCAAUUCACUAGAAAUGUUCUCCACUAAAUUAGAAAAGUAACAAAAAAUUUUAAGCAUUUGCCAGGGUAUUAAGAGAGAGAGUUAUAGUCAACUCUUUGACAAAAGUCCCACAAUCUUCUCUAGGAAACAAAAAAGGUUGUUUAAUAAACGUACAGACUGUUUACUGGGGAAAUAAACCAGUAGGAGAGCAUGGUUCAGUGACAGGACUUAAGGUAGUGGGUUGGCUACUGUUUCUUAAUUGCAAAAGAAGAAAAGUCCACCGAGAUGCUCUUCUCCCACCUGCCACCGCCCCCUCCUCAGGGGACACCUCGGGCAGCAUUCAGCCCUGAGAACAGACCCAGUUCGUCUUUUUCAGUUAUUCACACCUGUGAUGGUGUUUAGGGCAGAAGCGCUGUCUGCUAGCUUGGGGGUCCUAAAUUUGGAUUUUGUUUGAAAACAGACAAGUGGAAGAUACUACAGAAAAGUAUUUUCAAAGUAAUUUUAAUUCCCUGUUUGGGUUUAAAAGUCAGAAAAGACACUGCCCAUUCCUUUCCUAGAGCAGGAUGGCAUCGCUCGCUGUUCCCUCCAGACCCGGAGAAACACAGAUGAGGUUUUAAAUACAGUGAAGAACAUCUCCCAGCUAAUGCCACGGUUUCCCAUUUCCCAUUUUAAAAUAUUGAACCUGAUUCUUUGGUGGGUAAAUUCUGCCAGAAGGAAUUUAGCAGUGUAUUCAGAAUUGUAUAAUUCUUUUGUAUGAGUUUCUGUAGUUUAUUACGAUGUUUCACUGCUUAUUGUUAGGUGUGCAAUAAUGGUUAUAGCCUAUUUCUAAAAUAAUUUAAAUGCAAUUCCCCUGUUUUAUUGUUCAAGAGAUAAUUAUUUAUCUUGCUUUAAUAGUGUUCUUAGGAAUUAUUUUGUUACUAUGUACUGGUGAGUUAUGCCCAUUUUAGUAUUUAUUUAGAAAACUGGUAUGUUUGUAAUGACUUAUUUGGUAGCAGUCUAUUUUGCUGCAAGAAAUAAAGAGGAUGUGAUAGAAGGUUUUUUCGCUGGACAAUUUGUAACUUUUUCUAGUUGGAAAAAAAAUUCCGAUUACUCCUUUAGAAGUCAUUCUGUUUUUGCAUUUUGUGGUUUUGAUCAUAACAAAGGAGAAGAUUUCUUUGAGAUAACAUAUCCUAAAGUAGUAUUUCCCCUUCUCUUGGAAACUUUAUUUUUAAUUAAGAAUAAAAGGUGAUAUGAAACGAGAGGAGUCUUAUUAGCAGGAGAGCAGUAAAGGAAGGCGUUAUUAGUAAGGAGUUUCCAUGUGUAGAGUUCUGCCUGGUCUUUGAGGUCUAAAGACCACGAAAGGGUACAUUUUAGAACUUUUCUCAAUAAAAGCAAAUAUAGGAGGAAAUCGUUAGAAUAAAAACUACAAGUACAUUUGUGAAGAGAAAGUGAGUCUUUGUAGCAAAGAAUUAACUAGACUUGCUAAAUUCUUAACUGCUCGCCGAAAGGCCUUUUCCCCUGCUGGUGGCGAAGACCUGGGGUGGGGUGUUUUGCGUACGUGCACGUCCACCUCUGGAUGAGCAACAGCCCAGCUCCCCUUGCUCCGGCCCAAAGGGGCAGAUGCUCUGGAAUGGCCCGUCACACCCAGCCAGGUGUCUGCAGCAGCUGCAGUGUGGGGUCUUGCAAGUUCAUGGUGAUGCUCUUCCUUGUUUCAAAACUUGUUUUCAUUCAGACAGUCUCAAUGCAUUAAAUACUGAAGUCAGUACUUUGAACAGCAGAAUUCUAUGUCCUUCAUGUUUAUUAAUUGCUGUUUAGGACUAUUCAGAUACCUCAUUGAAUCCCUAAAUUUAAAAACAUGAACCCAGUCAGUAGUCAACCCCGUGAAGAAUCCAUGCCUUUUUGAGGGAACUGAUAUAUUAACAAACAUAAAAACCAGCUUUAAAUUUGUGUUAACUCUAACAUCAUCAAACCAAAGGCACAGAUGUGUGUGUGGUAUCCCCAUCGAAUGGACAUCCUAAGAAAAAUUGCAGCAAGGAGCAGGAAGGUGUCAAAACCCUCAUGGCAGGGUUAAGUCAGAAUUUUGCGGGUUAGUAGUUUUCAUUCAUGGCCACUGCUGCCUUGUCAAGCGUCCCAUGAGGACGUGCAGAAACGUUCAUCUGGUAAUCAUAGCAGAAUGUCAGGAGACCCCAGGGCUGCUGUGCCGCAGAGUUGGAGGGUGACCUUGGGCCUGCAUUUGUCCAUCUGUAAAAUGAAAAGACAACCCAGACGGUUUUCUAAACUCCCAUCGGCUCCCACAGCCUCAGAGCUCAAAACGUGAUGGAUCAGCAUCCCACUGUACGAACUUGGGAGGUAUGGGAGGUACGUUUCCAAACGUUGCCUUCUUGUCAAGAAACACUUCUCCUGUGUUAACAAGGUGUCUACUGAGUGUAAACCAGUGCAUUUAAAAUGCAGUCUCCAGCAGGCUCCCCGCUGGAAACAAAUGCAUUUGGAAUUGCGAUUGUUACAAAAUUACACAAAAGCACCGAUUGCAGGUGAGACAGAGGAGCCUUCUCGUGCGUGUUCUCGUGCGUGUGCCCCGCUCGGUGGACGCCCUUGAGAACAGCCCUGAAAUAAGUCGUCCCUUGGCCCGAAGACGAGAGAGUGGGUUGAAAAAAGAACAAAGGAGGGAAUGCCCUGGCUGGCUUGAAUUCGCGUGUGCUCUGCGGUGUUACACUGCCUUUCCAGUUCAAAGGUUCCUUGAAAAGGAGCCCGUGUGUCCCCGUACGGGCCGUCCACCACUUGGCCAAGUCAGUGGUUGUGAACAAAUGUGUUGAGACGAACUGUGUCAAGAAUGUUGUCUGAGGUCCCGGGAUUUUGUCAUAGCACACGAGUACAACCUCUUCACCGUUCGUGUAUUUCCUUCUCCUGGGCCAAUGAAAUCCGAAGGGUUGUGGCUUACUUUGUUUUCGUUUCUUUGGCUUUGUGCAAUUUUCUUGUAACUUUACUUGUACCUAUGUUUUCUGUUUACAAGUUCUUUUAAAGGGGAAGGGAGGGUUCUAAGAUCUCGUUAAUUGUAGAUAAAAAAAAAUUUCUUUUUGUGUUGUAGAAAAGCAUGGGUUAUGCGUUUGACUGAAAAAGGCACUGUGUUAUUUACCAAAGGGGUAUUGUUUUCGCAUUUGUUUAUAAAUGCAUUAUUUUGGUACUGUAAAUUUGGACAUGAUUUCUGAGUUUAUUACUACUGGCAUUUUCUUUUCCUUUUUUUUUUUUAAACUCUAAGUGCGCAAUGCAGGUGCACAGGUCCCAGACCAAACCAGACCACCAGCAUGAUCUUGUCCAAACCCUGGGGAUGGCGCACACAGCUUUGGGCGCCUCACUUCCUCCACUGUUGGUUUGUUUGUUUUCAAUUCAGCUCCCUGCUUUGUUUUACUUUCCAAGCCAGAUUUAUUGAGAUACCCGAUUGCAUUCUAAUGAGCUCACCCUCGUUUGCCUCUCUUAUGUAUUUUGUGUAUUAGAUUGUGCGGGAGGUAUUCUAGAAGGCGUUAAUGGUUUGCAUUCAAAAUGAUGUGGUUUGUCCAAAUUAUUUUGUCUUUAUUAUUGAGAUGGAUUAAUCUCCUUAUUUUUUUUUCUUGAUGAUUUGAAGUUGUAAGACUUGUCCAGCUAUUGCUUAAUAAAAUUUUGCAGAUCGAAAAAAAA